AUGCGCGCGGAAGCAGCCCUCCUCGCGGCGCUGUUCAGCACGGCUAAUGCGCUGCAUCAAUUCGCGCCUCGCUCACUGAACGAGAGCACUGCUAGCGAUGCGACGCCCAAGAGAUACAUCGUCGAGCUGAAGUCACGCGCACACGGAUCGCGCGUGGCUUCCAAGGCUUCGUCUGGGCUGCCCGGGCUUCGAGUCGUGAAGCGGUUUGACUCAGACAUCUUCCCCGGAAUCGCCAUCGAGUGCGACCAUGGCUGCACGGCCGAGUCUAUCCAGAGCUCGCUUGAUGGGUCCGAUGACGAGCCCGUUGUCGCCUCCGUCUACAAGUCUCAGAUGUUGCAGCUGCUCCCGACCGUGGAAGGCGAGUCAUUCAGCGACGAUGCGGCUGCGGUGAACUACUCGGUCCACGGCCUCACUGGCGUUCAGAACCUACAUGAGGACGGAAUCCUGGGCGAAGGCGCCGUUGUCGCAAUCGUUGACAGCGGUGUCCAGUACACCCACCCGGCUCUCGGAGGAGGCCUCGGCGAUAACUACACGGUGAUCGGUGGUUACGAUCUUGUCGGUGAUGCGUGGCCUGACGCGCCCGCACAGCCCGACAACGAUCCCAUGGACAGAUAUGGACACGGCACGCACGUGGCCGGCAUCAUCGCGGGACAAAGUGAUCAAUUCGUCGGGGUUGCACCCAAGUCCAAGCUUCUCUCAUUCAAAGUCUUUGGCAGCAGCGGCUACUCGAAUGAGGAGACCGUCAUCGAAGGCUUCUUGAAGGCUUUCGACUCAGGGGCAGACAUCAUCAGCGCCAGCGUUGGCGAAGGCAGCGGCUUCACCAACAAUGCCCUCGCCGUGGUGGCAUCCAGGAUCGUCGAUAAUGGCGUCGUCGUCGUUUUCGCUGCCGGCAACUCAGGACAGGAUGGCCCUUUCUCUAUGGCCAACGGCGCGUCAGGAAAGCAUGUCUUGACAGUUGCCUCGAGCGAUCCUGGUGUUUUCCCCGCGCAGGCCUUUUCCGCCAACUUCAACCUCGAUGGAAACUCCAAUAAUACCGAAGUCGCUUACGUCCCUGGCUCAGGGUUCUUCCCGGAUACCAUCGUCGAUUGGCCGAUCAAGCCGAUCACCUUGAACGCUUCCGUUGAGAACGAUGCCUGCCAGCCUUUGCCCGCGGAUACCCCUCAGUUGAACGAAACUGUAGUUCUGGUGAGACUUGGCGGUUGCACCGUGUCGACCAAGCAUACCAAUGUGGCUGCCUUUGGCGCGCAGUACAUUCUCUUCUACAACAACCUGGACGUCUACCAGAGCCCUGUCAGUUCCAACCGCGUUGGUCUCACUGGGGCCAUCGAGGGUAGCGCCGGCGAGGCUAUCGUUUCCACCAUCCUAGCCGGCGGCAACGUGACGGCUUCUUUCAAUAUUGACACAGCUCACUAUGUCGGCAUCCGGAACGCUGGCGGUGGACGGCCCGCUCUGUACUCCUCCUGGGGUAGUACCUAUGAUCUUGCUCUCAAACCCGAUGUGUCCGGCCCGGGCACCAAGAUUCUCAGUACCUACCCGACAAAUGAGUAUCGUGUUCUCAGUGGCACAAGCAUGGCGACUCCUUACUUAUCCGGCAUUGCUGCUUUGUGGGUUGGCAAGUUUGGCGGAAGGUCGGCGCAUAAAGAUGACCCUGAAUGGGCAAAGCGCCUCAUCGCUCGCAUCACGACCACUGCCCGCGCCGUCCCGUGGGCGGACUGGGCUACCAGCGUGACUGACUACGGCUUCUGGGCCCCAACUACCCAAGUUGGAGGCGGCCUUGUUGACGCCGAGAGAGUUUUGGGCUACACAACUGAGCUUAGCUUCGACGGUCGCAAGUUUGAGUUGAACGACACGGUCCACUUCACCGGCACGCACUCUGUCGAUAUCACCAACCAGGGCUCGGAAUCAGUCACCUACAAGUUUUCACUUCAGGACGCGGGUGGCUACGAGUCCUAUGAGCCUUCAGUGCCUGGACAGCAACAGACUUUUAUUCCAGCAAUUCCACUGUAUGCGGAGAUCAACCCCGUUAAGAUGACUCCUGAGGUUGCCUUGCCUGCAGAAGUUGCUGUUGAACCGGGAGAGACAAAGACUGUGGAGUGA